CACAAACACACAGUGUGUUCAGUCGAGUUUCAGAUCAAUCUGAGAGUUUUCAGACAUUUUAUGAGUUUUCAGUGAACCGAUGAAGAAAAUGUUUCUCAGAUUAGUUUUGUUCUGUUUGUGUUUGUGGUGUCGGGCUGGUGUGUUCGGACUGAAUUCAGUGUCAGUGAUGGAGGGAGAUUCAGUCACUCUGAACACUAAUCUUACUGAAAGAAUGGAUGAUGAUCAGAUUAUGUGGAGGUUUUGGACUGAAGACACUUUAAUAGCUGAAAUCAAUGCAACGGCCGACAGAAUCUCUGUAUAUGAUGAUGUUCUUGAUGGGAGAUUCAGAGACAGACUGAAGCUGGACAAACAAACUGGAUCUCUGACCAUCACAAACAUCAGAACUGAACACGGUGGAAUUUAUGUAUUGCAGAUCCACCAUAAGAACAUCCUUUUCAUUCUCACUGUCCAUGAUGAAGUGAUGUCAGUGAAGAAGGGAGAUUCAGUCACUCUACACUCUGAUCUUACUGAAAUGAAGGAUGAUGAUAAGAUUCAGUGGAGAUUUGGAGUUGAAAACACUGUAAUAGCUGAAAUCAAUAAACAGGACGACAGCAUCACUGUAUAUAAUGGUGUUCUUGGUGGGAGAUUCAGAGACAGACUGAAACUGGAUCAUCAAACUGGAUCUCUGACCAUCACAAACAUCACAAAGAAACAUGCUGGAGAUUAUGUCCUAAUGAUAUGGGGAGCAAAACGAUCAUUAAAAGCUUUCAGAGUCUCUGUCUAUGGUGGUGGUUUGGGUGAUGAUGGAGUGAAAUUACUGUCAGUGAUGGAGGGAGAUUCAGUCACUCUGAAAUCUGAUCUUACUGAAAUGAAGAAUGUUGAUGUGAUUCAGUGGUCGUUUUGGAUUGAAGACCCUUUAAUAGCUGAAAUCAAUAAACAGGCCAACAGCAUCACUGUAUAUUAUGUUCUUAAUGGGAGAUUCAGAGACAGAUUGAAACUGGACAAACAAACUGGAUCUCUGACCAUCACAAACACCAGAACUGAACAUGCUGGAGUUUAUCAACUACAGACCCACUAUAUGAGCAUCAUUUUCAUUCUUGCUGUCCAUGAUAAAGUGACGUAUGUGAAGGAGGGAGAUUCUGUCACUCUAAACUCUGGUCUUACUGAAAUAAUGGAUGAUUAUGAGAUUAUGUGGUGCAGUGUAUAUGAAAAUGUUAUAAUAGCUGAGAUCGAUAAUCAGGCCAAGAGAUUCGCUGUAUAUGAUGAUGUUCUUGAUGGGAGAUUCAGAGACAGACUGAAGCUGGACAAACAAACUGGAUCUCUGACCAUCACAAACACCAGAAUGAAACAUGCUGAAGAUUAUGUGGUACUGAUAAUGAGAGGAUAUUUGUCAUUAAAAUCUUUCAGAGUUUCUGUUUAUGACUCUGUCCACUGUUGUGGUUCUACUGAAGCUGUGAUCCGAUUGGUCUUCUCUGCUCUGGUGGGCGUGGCUACUGUCAUUCUUGUGGUUUAUGACAUCAGAUCCAGAAGAGCUGAACAAGAUCAAGCACAUGUUCCCACAUCAGAAACCUAAUGGUGUAAUUUCUCAUAUUACUAUUUUUUUUUUGUCAUUUAUUAAUAUUCAUUUAUUUGUAAUGGCUUCAUAAAUUCAUAUGUUGGUAUUUACUGGUUGUUAUUUUUAGGCUGCUCAUUUCCACUCCAGAACAUGAUUUGAGAACACACAGCAACAUAUUUUCUCGUGCUCAAAAUGUCAAAUGCGAUUGUUUGUCAUGAUAAAAACUGAUAAUUGCCAAAUACUGCACUGCUUACUCUAGAUUUUUUUAUAUACAUUUCUCUCAGAUAAAAUGCACAAAUCUGACUUUACUUCUGCUGUUCAUC